UAGGUAGAAUUUAUCCAAAAUUGGGGAUAGUGCUCGACUACGGGCACGGUGGCUUCCGGAUUAUUCUCCGAUUAUGCACUUGCAGCCGAAAAGACAACUGGCCGGCAUGGAAGAGCCGGCGAAAGGUACAGUAACGUCGUUGUCGUCGUUGUUCCCGGCAGAGGAGGCUCAGAAGGCGUCGAAGCGCGUACAGGAAACAAUCGCCGAGCGCGAGAAAGAGCUCCACCACCUCCGCGACUUCAUCGCCGAUAACACCAGCCUCAUCGACCUCGUCCAGAAGCUUCCCGAAGAACUCCACCAUGAUGUCAUGGUUCCGUUUGGAAAGGCGGCCUUCUUCCCCGGUCGUUUGAUUCACACCAAUGAGUUUCUGGUUCUCUUGGGAGAAGGUUAUUAUGCCGAAAGGACGUCUAAGCAGACCAUUGACAUUUUAAAGAGAAGAGGGAAAGGAUUGCAAACCCAAUUUGAGUCUCUUAAGGCGGUGACGCAGGAUCUUAAGGCCGAGGCUUCAUUUUUUGAUGCUACAGCAGCUGAAGCUGCAGAGGGUCUGGUGGAGAUUACUGAAGAAUAUAUUGAUGAAACUUCUUAUGAGAAGGUGUCUAAAUCAGUUGGGAAAUCAGAAUGCUGUACUAUUUCAGGCAUGGAAGAAUCAGGUCCUCCAAAUUUUCUUGAGGGGGAGAACAAGAAAGCUGUAGUUGAAGAUGAAGAUUAUGCCCGUAUAAUGUCUAGGCUUGAAGAACUUGAGAAAGAAGAACUUGCAGCUGAAAAUUUCAACAAGAGUGUUGGGGAUGAAGAUGAAGAAUAUGCAAGUAAGAUAUCCAGGGUUGAUGAACUUCAGAAAAAGGAGCUUGCAGAUGGAAGUAGUGCUGAGCUUGAUGAAGAGGAGCAGAAGGAAGCUGAUUUUGGGCAUUAUAGAGAUCAGCAGACUUUUGAUGACAAGCACAGCAAUUUGGUGGGGCAGCAGCUUACUAAUCCAUCAAAGCAGACAAAGGAUGAACAUACAGUUGGUAAAGAGCUUCCAAGUAAACUCACUUCUGAAAAGGGUUUAUGCAACCAGGUUGAAGGUGUGAAGUUGCAAUCACCACCUGAAGAUAAAGCUUCAAGGGACCAAAGUUUCACGGUUCAUAAAUCCAGCUUUGCUGAGAAUGAUAUGGUACUUCCUGAAGUGAAGGAGAAUGUCCAAGCACGACCUCAAUUUCAAAACACGGCUUUCACUGGAUCAAUCGUGGAGCACACUCACAACCUAGAAAUAACUCCAAGGGAACAAAUGACUAGUUCUAAGCCCGAAUCACCUGAAAAAAGUUCAAAGCCUGUAUCCAGAUUCAAGAUGAAGAGGAGGUAGCAGAGAUGCAGAUUGUCUAUAUUUUGUUUGGGCAGUUGCUUCUUGUCUCAAACGUGGAUAAAAGAGGCUCAAGGUAGGAGUAGAAAUAGGGAGAAACUGCGCAAAUUUGGUAAGAUUUAUUGCCAUUUCAAGUCCAGAGAGAGAGAGAGCUUCAAAUCUCAUAUUAAAGAGUUGACUAAAAGCAAGCCUCGAUGCCGGAAGACGAGUGAAUUGAAACAUAAGAAUGAGCUGACUGCAAAGAUUUCUGGGAUUUAGAGGGCAUCCCUUCUUCUAUCAAUUUUAGGCCACCCAAGAUGAACUUCGAUCCAUGUUGCCUUUCCCGGCUUAUUUAAUGAUGGGCCUUUGGGAGUUUGAAGGUAAAUUGGAUAAUGUUUGUUAAAGGCUAUUGAGCUUCCAAUUAUAGUCGUGCUAGGCCAAGGGCCGUUGCUCGGCGUGGCAAGGCGUACUGGGCUAAUAUAUAUAUAUAUAUAUAUAUAUAUAUAUAUAUAAGUCGCACUUAAGAAGUGUGCAAAAUUUUGAGUUAAUUUAAAUAACAGAACUGAACUAAACUAAUUGAAAUUGUUGGUUUGGUUUGGUUUGGUUUUUAAUAAAAUUUGAUUUGGUUC